AUGUCUGAUGUCAAUAUAUCAAAGUUAAAGGUAGCUGAGCUAAAGGAGGAGUUGACAAAGAGAGGUUUGAGUACUUCUGGCAUGUUGAAGCCUGCCUUGGUAGAGGCAUUGAAGAAACAAAUGGACUUGGAAGCACAACAAGCUUCUUCUUCUUCUUCGGCUCAGCAACAACAACAAUCAGAAGAGGUAGCAGUACCUAAAGAGGAUUCGCCAAAGCCCAACGAAGAUGUUACUACCAAAAUUGAUGCAGAGACAGAGACCGAGAUGAAAGAUGAUCGACAACAACAGGUGGAGACAACAUCAUCAAUCAAAGAGGAUACAAUGAGUGAUGAUGCAGUGGUCGCGACAGAUAACCAGCAGCACAAUAACAAUAACAACAAUGAUGAUGAUGAUGAGAGCAAGCUUCAAGAUGAAAAGAAGAACAAGUUAAAGGAGAAGUUGGAGAAGGAGACAAGAGAGCGAGAGGAUAAGCUAAAGGAGCAGUUGGGGAAAGAUCGUGAUGAUAGAAAGAGAAAGGAAUUGGAGAGCAGUGGAAGUGGCACUAAUAUCAUCAUCAAUUCAAGUGACAUUGAUAACAAGAGACAACGUGUGGAUGGUCCAUCAUCAUCAUCAUCUAACAACGUCGAUGAAAAGGUUGAUGUAUCAUCAGCAAAGAAGCCAGUCAGCAGGACAUUGCUCAUUGUCAACUUUAUCAGACCGUUCAGAGUGGAGCAUGCGAAACAAUUGAUGUCAGAGACUGGCACCGUGGAGCAGUUCUGGAUGAACGAUGUAAGGUCAUACUGCUUUGUCACCUUUGCCACAGAGGAGGAGGCCAUUGCCACGCGCAAUCGUCUGCAUGGACUAGUGUGGCCUGAGCUCAACAGAACAAAGCUGUCAGUGGAGUACUCAUCAGAGAAGGAGUUUGAGAUUGCUCAAAAGCAUUCACGAUCAAGUGUGCCUGUCAUUAGUGAGGCGCCAGAGCCAGUGGCUGCUGGCAAUGGAGGCAAACAAAAGCAACAAAAGAAGAAACAACAACAGAAUGAAUCCGAUACAUCUUCAAACAAAUCAACGACUUCAUCGGCAUCAACAACUUCAACAACAACGACUACAACAACUACACCACCACCUCCAGCACUAUCAAAGGCGGAUAUGGAUAAACUUUAUCGAAAGACAGUCACAAAACCAGAGAUUUACUACUUGCCAUUGACCGAUGAAGAAGUAGAAGCAAGGAAAAUCAGACAAAGGAAUGGCUCCAAACUACCUUUUGUUGUUGGACCAUCCACUGACAUACGUAAAGAUCCAGGUGUUGUUGAAAAGUAA